AUGGAUGCGCCAGAGCCUGAACAGACCCCUUUCGCCGCUGUCACAGCCCACACGACCAAACUGCAAAGGCAUUACCAAGCUCUGCUCGACCAGUCUACGCCCUUUGUGCUCUACAGAUGGGUUGCAACCGGCGCUACCCUGCUACUCUUCUUCGUGCGCAUUUUCGUCAUCCAGGGAUGGUACAUUGGUAUGUUGAGGGUCCCAGGCUCAACAUUUGACGGCUCUCCAUUCCACGGUCCACUGACUCCUCCCACAGUUGCCUAUGCGCUCGGCAUUUAUCUGCUCAACCUGUUUUUGGCUUUCCUCCAGCCCAAAUUUGACCCUUCCAACGAUGCGGUCGACCAGGACAUGGAAGAUGGUGCCGUAGGAACCCUCCCGACCAAGCAGGAUGACGAGUUCAAGCCCUUCAUUCGGCGUCUCCCCGAGUUCAAGUUUUGGUACUGGGCGACCCGUGCCAUCGCCAUCUCCUUCUUCUGCACCUUCUUCGAGUUCUUCAACAUUCCCGUCUUCUGGCCCGUCUUGGUCAUGUAUUGGAUUAUUCUCUUUGUCCUGACGAUGCGCAAGCAAAUUCAGCAUAUGAUCAAGUAUCGCUAUGUUCCUUUCACCAUGGGCAAGAAGAACUACCGCAAAGAUAACUCCUAG